UUUGUUUUUUUUUUACACUAAUGUGCUAGAAUUGAAUACCACGUGUGUUUAAAUAUAUCAGGAAGUCUUAGAACGGACCUGAUUAGGAAAUAUUAAAGUAUCACGAGAUCCUUUGUAACGAAUGAGUAAACCAUGGACAAUCAAAUUAUUUCCCCCACAAAAAUCCACACCACAGCAACCUACACAUACAUUUUUUCUAUACAUUCACUUAAAGUGUCACAAUUCGGCAGGCUAUACAUUUACCAGCAAGGUAGGCGAUUUGUAGCAUCUACAUAUUUUACAAUGAGUUAGUUUUGAGACUAUUAUUUAUCAAAUUUAAUUUAAUAGUUAAAACGUUAAACUACGAAAAGUAUAUAACAAUCUAUACACAAUAUUGUAUUCCCAUAUAUCAAUAUCAACUAUAGAUAACCGAAGAAUGGGUGAACGUUUUUUAAAGAACGAUGGAAAACUGCGAUUCCGUACAGCAACAAGCAGAAUGCUAUACCUUACAUUCUGUCUUUUACUUGUGACAAAUUGUGUGUGUGACAGUCUGGAUGUCAAAAUGGAAGAAGGAAGAAACAAAAGAGGAUUACAGAGAUACCCAUGCAUCACAUCUUCGUCAACAAUUGUUCAGAAAAUAUGUCCAAAUGAUACCGAAUCAAGAAAUCUGCGAGCAAAGGAAAUGAACUGCGAUUCUAUAAACAACACUUGUAGCAAUUCUAUAGAUUUCGUUUAUCAUUGUCUGCUAAAUGAAUGGGGUAACGGGUCUAUAGAAAUAUGCGCUCCGUCAACAAAAAUUGUUGGACAAUUUUGUACUGAAUUCAACUUGGGAGGAGGGAUUAUUCAAGAACACCACAAAACAAAUCGAUCGUGCCUUUCUUGUCCUUAUGUCUACAAUUCAAGUGACAGUUUCCGCUACACAGAAUGUUUCAGCGGCCUUCCACCCAUUUCUGUAGAUCCCACAGAAGAGCAUACUGAAAGGAACUCAACAGAAUACACACCGUGUAAUGCUCAUUCCAGUCCUAGUUUGAUUGGACUUGUAGGUUUACUAGCGGUAAUACCAGUCGCGUUAGGGGCGCUCAUAUUUCACCGUAGAAAACGAACAUUUUGCAACAGAAAUUUGGGACUAUCUGAUUCUGAGGAAAAUACAACUCAAAAGUUCAUUGUCUGAAUCCGCAGAAAUCGUCAUAUGAGAGGAAUGAAUUCAUGUAAAGCACAGGUCCCAGUUACAAAGGAUAAAGUUACAACAGCAACUGAACAACAACAUUAUUAGCAGCAACACCAAAUGUACUAACAAAUACAACAACAGAAACAAACCAAAACAAAUGCAUAUUUAUCAACUAAUCUUAUGAACCUCAAUAGGAUAUGGUACAAAACAGUUGAUAAGUUCGGAUCCACACGUUACAAAGUCCUAUUUACAUCUUUUUGUACAAUUUUGUGAAGAAGUAUUCAAGUAUGCAACAACAUGCUCUGUGUAUCUCUGUGGAGGAAAAUAGGACGGAAGUAAAAUUCGGCGAUUCCUGCUUUGUGGAUGGGAAGCUAGUUGAAAACUGUCUUCACGCUCUGUGGACGUGAAAAAAUGACAGGACGUUUCAGUAAGCUCUGACCUUGACCUAGUUUGUCACAUACAUGUAUAUAUAUAUAUAUAUAUAUAUAUAUAUAUAUAUAUAUA